AUGUGCAUCAGCAGGUCUUUUGGGGGUUUCAAACCUCCUGUGUGCCGACUUCCUUCAGAGGCUGACAUCAACCCUUUGUCGGCUCAGGGCUUUGGUGAGCGAUGGCGCGCCCACGGCUAUCGGGCUGUCCUUAGCGACCUUGAUGCUGCCAAGGGUGUGCACCGAGUGGCCCUGAUUGCCUCUCUCCCCGUGCAUCGUGUGAACCUCAAGCUUCCCCCGCACGUGGCUGCGCGAUGCGCUGUAGGAGCCUUUGAAAUGCAGACUGCAGGCAGCAAGUGCAUCACUCUGGUGGUGGCUUUCUAUGGCUUCCCUGGCCAGGCAGAUGCCACGGCCCAGGCUUUAGGUGAGUCUGAGCAAGCUGUGGUGCAGCUCCUGUGUGACGGUGAGCUUCGGUCCUUGGACGAAGCGGAUUGGACCCAAGCUGGCCCAACAAAUCCCACGCGCACCCGGCGCAUCGAUUUCGGCCUGGCCCACUGGUCCAUCAUCGCGUCGGCGGUCAGGCAGUUCGAGCGCCCGAACCUCUCGGACCAUGCGUGCAUCUUUUAUGAGACGCGGUGCCUAAGCCGUGCCAACAGCUUCUCCAUGCCAAAGUUCCGUGAGCUCCCUGCCACGGCCCCCGAAGACAUUCUGUCUAACUUUGGUGGGGUCUGGGAUGCCGCACACUUUGAGAAUUCUAUUGCUAGUGGUGCGCCUGGGCUUUCUUGUCGGACGUGGCAGAGCGCACGCUGGGCGCCACUUCCCUCUUCGAUGCCUCUGGUGCCCGAAGGAGUGACCACUGGCUCCCUUGUGCCCGCCACGAGUCCCACCACCGCGUCGGCCCCCAGGGUCAUGAGUCCCAAUCCCUGCGAUCGUGCAAUCCAGGUGAUCUCUAACUUGCAUGGCGAGCUCCAGCAGCAGGAGACGGAAGCCAGAGUGCACAGGCCCCUUGCUGGCAUCCCUUCUUCUGUCCACCCGGCCUCUAUUGUCGCUGAGCACGGCAAAGUUUGGCUGAAGCACUGGACUCCGGCCUCUCCCGUCAAUUUCGAUGCCGUGCAGCGCAUCCUUGACCGCGUUCCGGGCGGGCCGCAAUCGGACAUUGUGCUCCAGGUCGAGGCUGAGGCUUUGAUCCGUGCCACUAAGGCCAUGCGGGGGAAAGCGAUGGGCCCUGACCGUUGGUCAGCGGAGCUUCUGCUCCGCCUCCCCGAGCAGUGGUGGCGGGCGGCGGCCACUUUGUGGAAUGCAGUGCUCACCAAGCAGUACGUCCCUCGACUCUGGCGCCGGGCAUUGAUUGCCCUGGUGCCGAAGGCGGGGGCCCACUGCAUCUCUCGCAACUUGUUGCCGUGGAUGGACACAUGGCUGGGCCACCACACCUUGGGCGGGGCCCCGUGUCGCGGCCCGGGCGACGCGCAUGCCCGCCUUUUCCAUGCGUGGCAGAGUGGAUGCAAAGUCUUCUGCCAACAGGACCUCACGCGGUUCUUCGACUCGCUUGAUGUCAGGGCGGUGGGUAUGGUGCUGCGGCACCUCGGUGCUCCUGUUGGCCUGGCUGAACUCUUAGCCUCCUUUUACCAGGAAGCCUCCAGGCUCUUUCUGCAUGAGGGCCGUUCCAGCAGUGCAUGGGGCGACCCCGCGCGGGGCUUGGCACAGGGAUGCCCACUAUCCCCAAUGGCUGCGGUCGCAAUUGGCCACAUCUGGGCCAUGUGGGUUCAGUCUUUCGCCGAGGGACGCACUGACUGCCUCAUCUUUAUCGACGACCGCGUGUUGUGGCCGUCCCGCACGUGUGUGGACCCGCUUGGGGCAAUGGAUGUUGCACUGAGGGCCUCUGACUCCUUCGACCAAGCCUUCGGUUUCCAGUGCCGUGCCAGCAAGUGUGCUGUUGUAUGUCCCCCCGAUGUCGGGACUUUUGAUCAGUGGGCUGGAGCCAGGAACUACCCACGUGUGACUACCUUAAAGGUGCUGGGCAUCACUCUUGACAUGCAGGAGGGUGCCCUGGGCCUCCUUAAGUUUAGCCCGCGCCUGCUCCUGCACCGCCUUCGGUUCCUCAAGCUCCUAGGGGGGAGGUUCCCCAACUCCGUCGCAUCGUGCUGCAGCUGGUCCACUCAGCCAUGUUCUGGGCUGGUGGUGUGGCUUGUCCUGAUCGCGAUUGCCUGCGCGACGUUUGGAAUUCCACGUGUGCAGUCCUGCAGAGGCACGCCACUCCUAAAGUCUUGCUGUGUGCCUCCUUUGGCUGGAUGUUGGACCCUGCCUGGGCGGCUGAUUGGGCAUCCUUGCGAGCUGCCUGGCGCUUCAAAGCCCGACCCCCAGCAUGGCUCGAUACGGCCGGACUCGAUGUUGCUUGUGGUGACUGGCGUCGUUUCCUCCCUGGCGCGGCGGCGGUGGUGCAGCGGUUGGGCUGGCAGGUCCAAGGCAAUGGCGCCAUCCUGGCACGGCUCGACGAUUCGGGCACCUUCCGGCUGGGAAUCCUUUGAUGUGGUCAAGCGCUGGCUUGUGGACCACUACAAGUGGCAGGGCGUGCAUUCGUGUGGGCGGAUCCGCAAUCGUGGCCAUCGCGAUGAUGCAACGUUGGCCCGUGGUCUCAGCCUGGGGGCCCCGCUUCGCAGUGCUCGGUUUGCGCUAGAAGGUCACCGCCUUGCAGUCGCGGCUGAACCUACUCGCGAGGUUCGCCUUGCUGCGCUGGGUUCGGGCGGCUCCAUUUGGUACCACUGCAAAAGGUUGGACGUGAGCUCACCUGACACUACUGCGUGUGUCUGUGGCCUUUUGCAGCCCAGCCGGGCACAUCUCACUUGGUGUUGCACCUCCACGACAGAGCUACGGCAAAGCCUCGCACUUCCCUCCACCCGUGCUGGUGAACGGCUUUUCGCAGCUGAGAUUUCUGAGUACCCUGCGGCCCCUGCGGCCUCGGACUUUGAAGACCUACUUCAGCGCAUGGUGACGCAUCUUCGCAGCUUCGCCAAAGUGGAUGAGCGCCUGCUCAUUGCGACCGAUGGCAGUACCAAGUUCGACGUCGGCGGCUGCGCCGUGGUUUUCGGAAGCGGUGAUGGCACCUUCGUUUUCGGUGAUGCCUGCGAGGAUCAAUCGGCUUUUCGCUGUGAGCUCCUCACCUUGACGACCCUCUUUGAGGCGAUCUCUUAUGCGCAUUUGGAUCCUGGGUGUCAGAUUGGCAUCUUGGUGGAUUGCAAUUCCGCUCUACAGGCUGUGUCUGACCCUGGUGUGUGCUCCAUGCCUCUCCUGGCCCACAAGGCUGCGAGGCUGUUGCGUGACGUGUGUGCUGGAGGACUGGACCUGCGGCUCUCGUGGACCCCUGCACAUGGUCGGCGGCCCAACUGGACUGCUCCCUGGGGCCUGACGGCCGCCCGCUGCAGGGACCUCAACGAACGGGCCGAUGCGGCUGCCAACAGCAUUGCACCGGGCUCGUGGAUCGGGCAGGGUGAGCUGGCAUGCAGAGCUUCAUCGUGCAGCGCUUUGGGAGCGGGGCCAUCUUGGCUUCUGCUGGUGCCUCCAAUGUCUUGGCGCAGCACCUUCGUGCGGGGCGGCCGGCCCGUGGUGCUCAGGCUGACUCUUGAGCCUUCGCUACUGAAGUGGACUAUUGCAUCGAUGACGGCUUCGGUGGCUCCCUCGACGAACUACGUGCUGGGCUACAUUUUCUGGCUGCCGGCUGCUGGCUGCUGGCGGCAGGGCGUGCUGCAUGGCGUGGGCUGCGGGCUGAGGCGUGCUGCUGCGCUCCUCUGA